UUUUUUUCCUCUCAUCCUCUGCUUUUUCGCCCUUAAAAACUCCUCCCCUCCUUCAUUUCCGACCCUCUCUCGCCUUCGCCGUUUUUAUUUUCCACCAAACCCUAAAUUGAAAUCUCUCCACUCUUUCAAUUUUGUUCAUCCGAAUAUUCCCAUCUCUUGAUUUUGGUUUUUCGCUUCCUUAAAUCUGUGGUUGCUUCUCUCUGUUCUACCCAUUACCGAGGUUAAGAUAUGGAGAUUCCGGUGAUUAACAGGUUUAGUGGUCUGGAAUCGGGGAUUAGUUCCUUGCCGAAUCCCACUCUCUUGCCCCAGAUUUUGGCUUCCCCAUCUGGACUACAAACCCUUUCUCAAUCCCUAAAUCUCUGGAAAUGGAGCGCUGUGAUUAUCGCUGUUGUUGCUACGUUUAGCGGCGUAAUUAAUCGGAUUAAGCUUUUGUUUGUGAUUUUCCGACGGAAACAACGUGUUUUGCAGGAGACUUUUGCUGAUUCUGACUCCGAUGAUGAGUUCUCUAUCGACGACUCUGCGAGCUCUGUUUCGUCGUCUUGGUCGGAGUUUGAAGAAGACGACGCCGAUGAGCCCGCCUCCUCGUCUUCCCGGUGUUUGGACUUGACUGACCGGGAUUUUGGCGUUAGAGGCUCCGAUUAUUACUUGAACGAUCUUAAAAUGAAACCGACUCUGAAACUUCGGCAUCGGCGGAGCUUCCACAACCAAGACGGAGACGGCAACCAUUUCUCGUGGGCCGAUGUCAGCGGAGGUGGAAGCGUUGUGAAAUUAUGGGACAAUCUCAGAUUUGAAUUCGACCGCCAUCACUCCGACAAGAAUGAAAUCCGCGUCUACGACGUAAUCAAAGAGCAGCAAAUCGGGUCCAUUCUAGCCGGCGAAUCGCAAAUAGCCUCGUCGUUAACGUCGACGUUACUGUUAUCAGCGGCGGCGAAUGUUUCCAGUACAACAUCGGUGAAUCUGUGGGACACGCGCGUGGGUUCUAAAAUCCCGGCGCUAAUCGCCGAGUGGAAGCCGGUGGCCGGUAAGAUCUUGGGGGUCAAAUUCGCCGGCGUCGAAAAGGUGUAUAUUAGAGAGGAAGACGCAGGGAAAAUAAGGGUCGGUGACGUGAGAAACAUGAAAUCCCCGAUAGAAAAUUUAACGGCGGCUGACGUGAAGACUUGGUUCGACACAGACGCGGUGAUGGUUUCAGCGGAAUAGAAGAGAAAAAACCGAGUCAGCAGCUGAGUUGGUGACUCGGGUUAGUUAGACAACAGCUGUUCUCGAUUCUACCUUAAUCAUUAAUGGCUGAAUCAGCCACAGCCUCAAAAAAAAAAAA